GACGGACUGUGCCUGCGGAAAGGAGUAAGGGGGAAAACAUCAUAGGUCCUCUUUGCGCGACGGCCGCCGCCUCCUCUUUGUAGUUUCAUUCCGCCGCCGCCGCUCCCCGCUCUCUCCUCUGCUUGCGGACUGCGUGGAGCACCAGCGGCGGCCAGCGGGCAGGAGGAGCUCCCUCCCCAAACAGAGAGGGGUGGGGUAUCAGUGCGUGCGCUCCUGGAGGAGGGCGUGGAAGAGCAGAGCAGGCGGCAAGCAGGGGUUUGGGAGGAUGGUUUCGCUCUCGACUUGGUUCCGCUAUGCCGCACACAAGUUUGAUUACUGCAUCUCCCUCUCGUUGAAGCAGCAACAACUAUGGAAUAAUAGCACAACGUGGACUGAUUUUUUAUUGUCUGCUCAGGAAUAGAGAAAUAUAAUGUGGGCCAGAUCAGCAGCACGCAGCUAACUGAUGUGAUAUUCAAAAAUUUCUUCCAUGGCAAGCUCACCUACGUGUGUCAGACCAAAGGGGAAGAAGCCAUGGCUCCCAUCGUAUCUCCAACUGGAGGAGCCGUCCUUGUCAGAAAGCUCGCAAAUUUGAGCCCCACAUCCAGUAUCGCUGGGCAGGUCAACCUACUCAACGCUGUUUCCUGCAGCCAUGGAUGCCACGUCCAGCAGUUCCCGUGCAUGCGCUCAAGUGUCGACUCCGUGCCCUGCAGGGAAGUGUUUGUCGGGGACGUUGUCUUGUUAAAAGACCCAGAGAAAUCUGGCAAUUUUGUUAUUCGACGACUGGCUGCCCUGGAAGGCUAUGAGAUGGUCUCUAAUGAUGAGAAGGAUGAGCCGUUUGUGCUCGAGAAAGACCAAUGCUGGGUCCUGGCAGACAACCUAGUCCUUAAGCCAAAGGAAGCUAGAGAUAGCCGCUUGUUUGGACCUGUCCCAAUGACUGACAUCCUUGGCAGAGUGAUAUACUCUUUAAGAACCGCUGUUGAUCACGGUCUAGUCGAGAACAGCGGCAUGGCCACGAAACUGGAUGGUCCAGUACUGGCAGUGGAGCUUGAUGUGGAAGAGUUGGCGAAGAACAAUAAGGCGUAGACACUUGAUGUUUUCGACAUGCUGCGCUAUAACUCACCUUAACAAUGGAUGUUUUUUUUUUGUUUAUGAUCUGCUGCUGCUUCAAGUAGAAGUGCAUUGGAAUGUUUUUUCACGGUUUGCCUGUGGAGCAGUCAAUAAUGGUCUUGACAGAUAACCCAGAGGCCGCUGGACCGUGUUCACUCAGAAUUCUCAGCAGGAUACAUCGUGUGACUGUAAUGGUUGUUUUUAGGGUUUCUUAUUCAUGAAGUUGCCGUGAAUCUUGUAUCUGCUUGUGUUCAUGGAGCCACGGUCCACGGGUAAGCUGCUGCUGCUGCGUCUUGUAGCAGAUAAACCGUCAAGAUUGUUUAGGCCUGAAAGGGAUCAAAACGUUAUGCUGAUAUAUUGAUCUGAAGUGGACAUAGGUAAAAAA